AUGCACUCUUUAGCACAAAGCAUUCCGCUAUCAUGGGAUGCUUGCAGCGACUCCUCGGCCGGGGACGUUGUCAUCCUGUUGCCCCAGAGGGCGGCUCUGUUGCGCUUCAGACCGUACCAUCCAUCGUGGCCAGCCAAAGGAACGCUGCUGAUGCAGAACCCCAAGACGCUUGCAGAACCCCAAGACGCUUCCAGUACCGCGAACAUAGGAGAUACGUCCGACGUUGAUCCAGCCGUUAAAUCUUUAAUUGAGCGAAGCAUAGCUGCGUGGAGCUCUCUUCACUACACCGGGAAUGAUAGAGAGGUCAUGAUUAACAUCUCCGCUCACCUCUUGAGAUGCAAAAAAACCCUCGAUGAUGUCCUUGCAAGUGGCAAAACUUGGUUCUUCCAAGAGAAGAAAUCGUUCAUGAAGCAAACCCUUUUCUCGAGAUGGGACUCGAGCCAGUUAGACACCUACAUCCUCAUACCAGUCGUACCGGGUUUCGUGAAUAAAGAUGAUUACCUCUUUAUCAGUCACUACUGGAAUACCCGGGAGCAUCCUGACCCUGACGGCGAGGACUGUCGCCUCCUCCAGGACUUUCUGUGGAAGUUCCCCAGCUUUCAACCACGCCUAUGGGUCCUUUUUGAAGUAGCCGUUUUGAUCCUCUGCCACCGGAACACACAAUUACCCUCCAACCAGGAAAGCGCACAAUUCAUAUCUGAUGUGUUCCUAAUGGUAUAUAAGGACGUGCGAUCCGUUGUUCGUGAACGCGGGUACAAAUGUACUAAUGAGAGUGACGCCGAUAUAGUUAUUGGAUGGUCCUUAUCGUUCUCUGGAAGAUCGUCCCCGCAUGUCGCCGAGAGACGGCGAAUUCUUGACCUAGUUGAUUCUUUCACAAGUAAUUUCUCCUACUACGGAGCAGUGAAGGUCGACUUUGACCUAGCAAAUGGAACGAUUACCUCAGGUGGAGUCACCCACAAAGUUACUCCCAUGCCACAUUUGAAAAGCGGCGCAGGGUUCAUCGUACGAUUUGCAGAAUUCAUUCUUGCCGACCAGAGAGUUUACCAUAAUGAGGUGUUACUUGAGCGCCAAUGGCGUGAAUUUGACAAGAGAUUGUGGGCCUUUGGACCAACACAUCCUACGACUGUGAUUGCCCUGUGUCAUGUCCAAGUGGCGCUACACAUAGAUGGAAAACACGAGGAAUCCGAAGCUGCUCAUAUGAGGAUGGUAGACCUGAAGAGGGCUGCAAUGAAAAUCCUUCUUGCGGAAAACAAUUACAAGAAAGCCGAGGAGAUGCAACGCGCCAUAGUGGAUUUGUUCAAGGAGAUAUACGGCGUUAAAAAUAAAUACACGCUGGCAAGUAUGGGAGUGUUAGGAAACCUAUUGAUAAAGAAGGAAGAAGAGCUUGAUGAAGCGGAGAGCUUAUUGCGCGAAACACUCAAGUACUGUGACACUGUGCUCGGCCCGAGCAUAGAUUUACCCAGAGCGUUUUGA